CUGGUGAUGUGAGCUACCUGUAUGACAAUGUGGUGAUGUCGACCAUUAUCCUCUGUGUCAUCUGUGUUGUGUUGCUCAUGGUGGGCCUGCUAACGCGACUACGGGGCCAGAAAUUCAAGGCCUACAUCAUGCCAAAUGUCCCACAUCCCAAGACAACUCUAGUCCACAUGCAGAAAUUUAAUAAGGGCCUGCUUCUCAGCUUCACGCCAGAGACCUUCAACGACAUCCACAUCAACCGACUGGACGAGGGCAGCAGCAGCAGUAGCAGCAGCAGUAGCAGCAGCGGGGGGAUAAAGGAUAAAGCAUCAGCUCCGGCUCCAGACUCCAUGCUGGACCACAGAGGCCAGAGAGAGGGGAGGGCGCCUGGGUCUGGGUCUGGCCCCAGGAGCCCCAGCAGCCACAGCCAGCUGAGCUGCCAGCUGCUCCUCUGGCAGCCUCCCCUGGGCCUGGGCACCCAGGACGGCUCUCUGGGGGACUCCGAGUCCACCACGCUGCAGGACGACGAGGAGUUCUGGGAUGAUGAACCAGAGGACCAUGGAGAUGGAGAUGAUGAUGGAGAAGAGGAGGAUGAAGACAUCAUGGAGGACCUGUCCAGUGCCGAGGAGCGACUGCUGGGGGGGACAGAUGGGGACAGCGGCACGGCGGCGGAUUCUGGGGACAGUCAGCCGUCCUCGAUCGGCAUGCGUAGUGCGGUGCAAGAGGGGCGCAAGGAUGAGGCCUACGUCACAAUGUCCAGCCUUUUCAAGACACAGUAGGAGCGUUUUGGUGGUGACGUGAGAGAGUGAAAGAGAGUGGAGGGAACGAAGAGCUCACUACCUGCUGGCUGUUGCAUUGAAGUGAAAAAUAACCAUUGACUUGUCUUGACUCGGGACAACUAUAUACAGUGUAUGUGA